AUGAAAGACCGUUUGGAGCAACUCAAAGCGACGUGUGACACAGAUGAUGCAGACGAAGUUGAGGUCGCCGUGGACAAUGCUGCGUUUAUGGACGAGUUCUUUUCCCAGAUUGAAGAGAUCAGGACCAGCAUCGACAAGAUAGAUGAGAACGUAGUUGAAGUCAAGAAGCUCUACUCCGUCAUCCUCUCUGCCCCGACGUCAGAUCAGAAAACACAGGAUGACUUGGAAGCCGUCACCAACGACAUUAAGAAACUGGCCAACAACGCUCGCAACAAGCUCAAAAGCAUCGAGCGAAACCUGGAGACGAACGAGGAGAGAGUGUCGGCUGACAUGCGUAUCCGGAAAUCUCAGCAUGCCAUUCUGUCCAGGAAGUUUGUGGAGGUGAUGACCAAGUACAACGAGGCCCAGGUGGACUUCAGAGAGAGGAGCAAAGGCCGGAUUCAGAGACAACUGGAGAUCACUGGUAAAACUACAACUGAUGAAGAGCUGGAGGAGAUGCUGGAAGGGGGGAAUGCCGCAGUUUUCACUGCAGGGGUAAUCCACAGUAUCAUGGACUCAGGCAUCUCCAGGCAGGCUCUGAGUGAGAUCGAGGCUCGGCACAAAGACAUCGUGCGUCUGGAGAGCAGCAUCAAGGAGCUGCACGACAUGUUCGUGGACAUCGCCAUGCUGGUGGAGAACCAGGGUGGCAUGAUUGACAGGAUCGAGAGCAAUAUGGACCAAUCAGUGGGCUUUGUGGAGCGGGCGGUGGCCGACACCAAGAAAGCAGUGAAGUUCCAGGCAGAGGCUCGCCGGAAGAAAAUGAUGAUCAUGUUAUGCUGUGUGAUUCUGGUCAUCAUCCUUGUCUCUGUAGUGUACAGCUUCGUCACAUAG